UUUUUCUUCAAAUCUUUAAUUCGUCUUGUUUGUUCAUCAAAUUUCUUUGAUCUCCUCCUCCCCUUUUCAUCCGGGGAAACCUGUCCACGAUUUCAAGUUCAUAUUUUGAAGUCAUGAAGCUUUUAGUGCGCGUGAUCGAAGGGCGGAAUCUACCUGCAAUGGAUCCCAAUGGUUUUAGUGAUCCUUACGUUCGAUUGCAGCUCGGAAAGAACAGGUUUAAGAGUAAGGUGGUGAAGAAGAACCUCAAUCCUUAUUGGGGAGAAGAGUUCAUUUUUUGGGUUGAAGACCUCAAGGAGGAGCUCCUCGUCUGUGUUCUGGAUGAAGAUAAGUACUACGACGAUUUUGUGGGCCAGCUGAAAGUGCCCGUUGCUAAGGUCAUCGAAGCGGAGAACAAGACUCUUGGCCCUGCUUGGUACUCUCUCAAACCCAAGAAUAAGAAAUCUAAGAACAGGGAAUGUGGUGAAAUCCUUCUGACCAUAUCAUUAUCUCAAAGCAAUUCUAACUUCGACCAGCCAUUGCCCUCUACCGGUGAUUUUGCUCCACAAAUUGAGAAGCCUUCGAACCUAGCUACUGAAUCACUUCAACAUUCUUCCAGCGGACCCUCUAGAUCACCUUCUGCUAUGGGAACUGAGGAAGCUGAUUCUGCAAAGGAAGAUAAGACAUCUUCAUAUACGUUUGCUGGUCGGCUUGUUCAACUUUUUCUUAAAAAUGGAGAUACAUUAUCCAAGACCAGUAAGGUUACAGUUUCAACAAACUUGCCUGAAAUGCCAAAACCUGCUGUUCUUGAGGACACAUUUGAAGAGCAGUCAUCGUGUAGUAGUUUUGGAGAAUCAGUGAGGAUCAUGAUGGAAAGAGACCCUGGUGGGGAAGAUCCGAGCAAUUUACCUGGCGGGAUACUUCUGGAUCAAUCUUAUGUCAUUGCUCCACUGGACCUGAAUUCUCUACUCUUCUCACCUGAUUCAAAUUUUAUGAAAUCUCUGGCAGAGUUCCAGGGAACGACAGAACUGCAAGAAGGGCCUUGGAAAUUUGAAAAUGGCAGUGAUAACUUAAAAAGAUCAGUUACGUAUAUAAAGGCUGCAACUAAAUUAAUCAAGGCUGUGAAAGCCUACGAGGAGCAAAUGUAUUUGAAAGCCAAUGGGAAAGUUUUUGCAGUUUCAGUAAGUGUGAGCACGCCAGACGUUAUGUAUGGGAGCACAUUUAAGAUAGAGUUGCUUUUCUGUAUAACACCUGGACCUGAGCUUUCUUCAGGAGAACAAACAUCAAGGUUGGUAAUUUCCUGGCGGAUGAAUUUUCUGCAGAGCACUAUGAUGAAAGGUAUGAUAGAAAAUGGAGCACGACAAGGUCUCAAGGACAACUAUGAACAGUUUGCAGAUUUAUUAUCACAGAAUGUUAAGCCCGUUGAGAUGAAGGAGCUGGUUUCUAGAAAGGAUGAGGUUUUGGCUGAUUUGCAAGUGCAACCACAGUCGGAUUGGAAGCUUGGAAUUCAAUAUUUUGCAAAUUUCACUGUAAUAUCCACAAUUUUUUUGGGCUUGUAUGUGCUAGUACACAUCUUGUUAUCUGUGCCUAACGCAGUCCAAGGGCUUGAGUUUAAUGGGCUAGACUUGCCAGACUCAAUUGGUGAAGUGAUAGUGUGUGGGAUUCUGGUUCUUCAGGGCAAGCAGGUUUUUGAAUUGAUAGCGCGUUUCAUGCAGGCCAGAGGACGAAAAGGCAGUGAUCAUGGUCUCAAGGCACAAGGGGAUGGUUGGUUGCUAACUGUUGUCUUGAUGGAAGGAUGUAACUUAGCAGCUGUGGACUCAAGUGGGUUCUCAGACCCAUAUGUGGUCUUCACUUGCAAUGGAAAAACAAGAUCCAGUUCUAUCAAGUUCCAGAAACUUGAUACCCAGUGGAAUGAGAUAUUUGAAUUUGAUGCAAUGGAUGAGCCUCCAUCAGUGCUCGAUGUGGAAGUUUAUGAUUUUGAUGGACCUUUUGAUGAAGCUGUAUCUCUUGGACAUGCGGAAAUCAAUUUUGUAAAAUCUAAUAUAUCAGAUUUGGCGGAUGUCUGGCUUCCUCUUGAAGGAAAAUUGGCUCAAGCUUGCCAGUCUAAGUUGCACCUAAGAAUUUUCUUGAACAAUACAAAAGGCAGCAAUGCUGUUCAAGAAUAUUUAACAAAGAUGGAGAAGGAGGUCGGGAAAAAGAUAAAUUUGCGAUCGCCUCAAACAAAUUCAGCAUUCCAAAAAUUGUUUGGGCUUCCACCAGAGGAAUUUCUCAUCAAUGAUUUUACUUGUCACUUGAAGCGCAAAAUGCCACUGCAGGGCCGCCUCUUUCUGUCACCAAGAAUAUUUGGGUAUCAUACAAACAUGUUUGGACAUAGAACCAAAUUCUUCUUUCUCUGGGAGGACAUUGAAGACAUUCAAGUAGUCCCUCCCACAUUGGCAUCAAUGGGCAGUCCAGGCAUUAUUAUUACUCUCCGCCAAGGCAGAGGUAUGGAUGCAAAACAUGGUGCAAAGACACGAGACGAGGAAGGCAGGCUGAAGUUUCAUUUCCAGUCUUUUGUAUCAUUUACUAAGGGCCACAGGACAAUCAUGGCACUAUGGAAGGCAAGAUCCCUGAGUCCUGAGCAAAAGGUGCAAAUAGUUGACGAAUCAUCUGAAACAAGGAGCUUCCAAACUGAAGAGAGUGAUUCUUUCUUGAGUCUGGAGGAUGUCAACAUGUCAGAGGUUUAUUCCUCUGUUCAUCCUUUUCUUAGCAACUUCUUCAUGGAGUUGUUCAGUGGUGGUGACUUGGACUAUCAAGUGAUGGAAAAGGUUGGAUGUCAGAAAUAUUCUUGCACACUGUGGGAAUUGGACAACGAUGAUGUAUGCCAAAGGCAAAUUUGUUACAAACUACACAAGAAUGUUUCUGGUUACAAAGGCGAAGUGACCAGUACGCAGCAAAGAUCCCCCCUUCCAGACAGAAACGGUUGGAUUAUUGAAGAGGUUAUGACCCUUCAAGGAGUACCCCUUGCUGACCAUUUCAAUCUUCAUUUAAGGUAUCAAGCUGAGGAUCUUCCAUUGAAAUCUAAGGGAUGUCAGAUCAAAGUAUUCUUUGGCAUUGCAUGGGUGAAAAGCACCAAACAUCAGAAUAGGCUCACGAUAAAUAUUCAAUCAAACCUGCACGAUCGCUUGAAGUUGAUGUUCAGUCUGGUUGAAAAGGAAUAUCAUAGCAGGAAAGUAGGUGGAUCUGGUGUAUCACUGUAGAUAUAAUUCUUGGUACUCUACCAGAGGUAGUUUUCUCCAAGCCUAUUUUUCGGUGAAGAACCACAUUCAUUCCAAAACUUGACCCUGGGGGAUUGAGCAUUUGAUUGGAGCUGGAUUCUUUCGUUCUGGAAGAUGACUCGAUGUGUAUAAGACCUUUCAAAGUUCAGCGGUCU